AUGGGUUGUAUGAGUUCCAAGGUCGAGCCGGAGGACAAGGAGGCCGCCAGGGUCACGGCCACAAUCGACAAGCAGAUUCGUUCCGACAAAAAGACUUAUGAUCGCACAGUCAAGAUUCUCCUACUGGGAGCCGGAGAGUCGGGGAAGUCCACUAUCAUCAAGCAAAUGCGUAUAAUCCACUCCGGCGGCUUUCCGGAAGACGAGCGUCGGCAAAAUCGCGCUGUUAUCUACUCCAACUUGGUGGUGGCAUUCAAGGUUUUGCUGGAGAUUAUGCAGACACAGAAAAUCGACUAUGAAAAGGAGGAGAGCAAGGCGCUUGGAGAAACGCUCUUGAAAACCGAACCCGACGUCGAUACCGACGAGGCAUUCUCCGACAUCACUGUUCGAGACGCUAUGCGAGAUAUAUGGGGCGAUGCUGGUGUUCAGCAAGCGGUUGCCCGAGGUCAUGAAUUCGCACUUCACGAUAAUUUGCAUUAUUUCUUUAACUCGCUCGACCGUCUAUUUACACCGGGUUGGUUACCGGACAACCAAGACAUGCUCCAUUCUCGUCUUCGCACAACCGGUAUCACCGAGACGCUCUUCGAAUUAGGACAGCUUAACUUUCGCAUGAUGGACGUCGGUGGGCAGCGCUCUGAACGAAAGAAAUGGAUACACUGUUUUGAAGGAGUCCAAUGUCUUCUCUUUAUGGUCGCGCUGUCUGGGUAUGAUCAAAGUCUGCUCGAAGAUCAAAACGCGAAUCAAAUGCACGAAGCCAUGAUGCUCUUCGAAUCCCUAGCGAAUGGCGAAUGGUUCAAGAGAAAACCGAUCAUCCUCUUCCUAAAUAAAAUGGACCUUUUCAAGACCAAACUCCCACUAUCGCCCAUCAUUAAGCACUUCCCCGACUAUAGCGGAUCUUCCACGGAUUUUGACACGGCCGCCAAGUAUUUCUCUGAUCGAUUCCGCAGCAUCAACCGAAUGCCGGAUCGAGAAAUCUACAUUCACUACACCAAUGCGACGGACACCACUCUCCUGAAAGCCACCAUGGAUUCGGUGCAAGAUAUGAUUAUUCAGAAAAAUUUGCAUACUUUGAUACUAUAA